GUAUAUAGACUAUUACCCUACAGCUGCUCCCAUUGACUGUAUAUAGACUACUACACUACAGCAACACAUUCUAAAGUUUUACUUGUAAAUUCACAUUUUCAAAAUAUAAACAAAACUAUUUCAGAGUUCAACCAAAAUCAAAAUCAAAUGACAUAUUUCAGACAAAACCCAAACAAGUCUGUGCCAAAGAAUGUAUGUUCGAAAAAGACGAAGGACGAGGAGACGGAGAGAGAAGGGAACGGAGGUUAACAAUCCACAGACUGGAGGCAAGUCCUGGUUUUAGUCCCGGUUCUAGUCCUGGUUCUAGUCCUGGUUUUAGUCCCGGUUCUAGUCCUGGUUUUAGUCCCGGUUUUAGUCCCGGUUCUAGUCCUGGUCCCAGUCCUGGUCCCAGUGUUCCCAUCUAAGGCUCCAGAGGACACAGUCUGACUUCCCGUGUUGUUUCCUUUUCAUCGCUCGGCUCAUAUGUCAGUUCUUUAAACUGUUUGUAGGUAAUCGUACUGUUUCUUCUCUAGACUCCCUGUUUCCUGUUGUCUCCUAUUGUCUCAGCCCACAGUAGAGUAGUAGUAGUAGUAGCAGUCUACACUUCACCAUGUUCUCUGCCUCGCUGCUAAUAAACCAGACUUAACACCGUGUUUCUAUUGUCUGUGGAGCCUGAUCCACUGUUAGCUUUAGAUUAACGUCAGCAUGGUCCCAGAAAACAAACACAGAUCCAGGAUCUGUUCUUUCAGAGCUCUGUGAUCUAAAGUCUUCAGUCACUUUUAAAUCCUCAAGUCUGAACAUUGAACGGUGAAACAGAAAUUAUUUACACUGACAAAGUAACACAAACUACCCAAACUACAGGCAUUCAAACACUCAUUAAACUCUUUCCUUCAUCAUUUCAAAGAAAAUCAACUCCUCCAACAUAAAAGCAGAUCCGGUUCUCCUUCACCUUCACAAUAAAAGUUUCUUAUUCUUCUCCGGUGUUUAUUAUCGAACACUCGUCGACUUUACUCCACAAAAAACUAAUUAAUGAGCACAAGCUGCUCAGGCUCCAGAUUCUCAAACCCAGAAGAUUUAUUUAUUUAUUUAUUUAUGUCCCGGAAGUAUUUUAUUUUUUAAAGAAAAAUGUCCCGGAAGUGCUUCAGGUGAACAGAGAGAAGCUAAGAGACAACAACUAAAAGAGCAAAUCUUAGAACCGUGGAGGGUUCGGUUCGGCAGCGAUGGACCGACAGGAAGAUCCGAACCCGGAAACCAAGCUGGAAGGAGAAGUUUUACCCUCAGACAUCAGAAAAGUGAUUGUCGGUGAAGACGAAGAGGAGGAGAACCAGGAGGAGAACCAGGAGGAGAACCAGCGUGGUCCUCCCAUCAAAGAGGAGCAGGAGGAGGUGUGGAGCAGCCAGGGAGGUCUGCAGGGAGGUCUGCAGGAGGCCCAGAUCACCACGUUCACCUUCAGUCCAGUGAAGAAUGAGGACGAUGAGGAGGAAGCUCAGUCCUCACAGCUUCACCCCACAGACUCUGAGGGGGGGCGGGUGAAAACCGAAGCUGGGGGAGGAGGUCUGGGCUCAGGAUCAGACUCCUCGGACACAGAGAUCAGUGACGGAGACUGGGACCAGAGCGUCCAGACUCCGUCAGCGUCAGGUUCUCUGAAGCACAAAGAACUGAGUGUGAUCGACAUCAACUGUAACGUGGAGCGGUCGUUCAGCUGCUCCGAGUGUGGACAGAGGUUCGGCCGCAAACCUCACCUGAAAGCUCACAUGAGGAUUCACACGGGGGAGAAACCCUUCAGCUGCUCCUUCUGCGGGAAGAGAUUUUCUCAGAAGGGAAACUCCAUCAGCCACAUGAGGCUUCACACGGGAGAGAAACCGUUCAGCUGCUCCGUCUGCAACAAGAGCUUCAGAUACAGCGGCGACGUGAGCCGACACAUGAGGAUCCACACGGGGAAGAAGAAGAAGGACAGAGACACCGUCGCCGCCGACGUUCAGGCGGCAAACGAACGACUGGACCUGGACAGAGACUCGCGUCUCCGAGCUGCUGCUGACGUCCAACCUGAGACUAAAGUGGGAGACGAGUCCACGGAGCAGCACGAAGACACGUCUCUGGGUCAGAAGGACUCGUUCAGCUGCUCCAGGUGCUCGAGAAGCUUCUGCCGCAGAGAUCACCUGAUGAGCCACAUGAGGACGCACACGGGAGAGAAACCGUUCAGCUGCUCCGUCUGUGAGAAGCGGUUCAGCUGCAGCGGGAACAUCCUGGCUCACAUGAGAGUCCACACGGGGGAAAAGCCCUUCGAGUGCUCGUUCUGUGGGAAGAGCUUCAGCCAGAAAGGAACUCUGCAGCUGCACGAGAGGAUUCACACGGGAGAGAAACCCUUCAGCUGCCCGUUCUGCCACAAAAGCUUUGCUCAUAAAAGACGGAUGACGCUGCACAUGUCCGUCCACACCGAGGAGAAACGCUUCCGCUGCUCCACCUGCGACCGAAGAUUCACCUGGUACACGCAGCUAAAGACUCACAAGUGUGUCAGGGACACGUCGCAGCCUCGUCGGACGGAGACCAAGCUUCCUCCCAAGGAGACGUUCAGCUGCUCUGAGUGCGGGAAGAAGUUCAGCCUGAAGGGAAACCUGAAGACACACAUGAGGAUCCACACAGGAGAGAAACCGUUCAGCUGCUCCACCUGCGGGAAAAGCUUCAAACAAAACGUCCAUCUGACCGAACACAUGACCAUUCACACCGGAGAGAAACUCUACAAGUGCAGCGUCUGUGGGAAAGGAUUCAACAAGAAGCUGCUCGUCAGAAACCACAUGUGUGUUUAAGGUUUUACUGAGACGCUGCGUUAAAGAGAAACUACAGAUCAGCACGAAUGAACAAAAUGUCUCUGUGUCUGUCCAGGUCACGGUUCGUCCACACGAAGCCGGAACAAGGACACGAGGAUUUGUUGUGUUCAGCUCUGAAUGAGGAGAGUUUAGGUUUCUGUCGCCCGAAGGUCACAUGACUAAUACUCACCUGGACCUGGAGAACCUGCCUCAUACAUUCAUACAAGGCUAACCCUGCUAGCAUGCUAGCAUGCUAACUGGUCUGCCUGGACUUUCAGGUGGAAAAGAAGCUGCUGAGUUUCUGGAGAUCAAAUAAAGUUGACAUUAAAACGUCACUUUGAACAAACUGUUUUGAAAGCGUGUGUCUGACGUUUGCAUUAAUAAUUCGUCUGAAUGAGUCUGGUCACUGUGAUGUUUCCUGUAAACAUUAUUAAUGUGAUGAUCACAUGAUGCUACGGAUUCAUCCUGUCACUGAAAGAACAAAUCUCAUAGACUGUUAAAUAAAACGUUCAUCAGUUCAUCAGCAUCAUGUGCUGCUGUUUGUUUUUACUAUGACGUCAUGAAUCUGCUUUUAUUUCACAUGGAAACACUUUUCUGACUUCUGUGAAACACAAAGACACUGAAACAGAUUCAGAAAAAUAAACCAAAUAAAUCCAUGUUUCUGUCGACACUGAAA